GAGUGAGGCGAGAGCCCCGCACAGAGCGAGAGAGACAGCGAGCUGAGCUUCGGGCGCUGCCGCCGCCGCCGGUGAGAGCGAGUGAGUGAGCGAGCGAGCAUCCGAGAGACCCGGCACCCGUGCACUGGCCGCCGCCGAGACCUUCGCCGCAGCCCGGGCCAUCGGGAGCCGCGGCCGCCGUCUGCUCCCCCCCUUACCUUCCCGGCCGGCAGCGGCUGCUGCACACGCCGAAGCCGGAGCCCCAGCCAGAGCCGGAGCCAGAGCCGGAGCCGGAGCCCGCGGCCGGGGGGCAGGGAGGCGGCUGCCGCCGGUCGGGACUCGUAGCUGCUCAGCCGGGAGAGGACGCCCGCGAGGGGCUGGGCUUUCUGCCUCGCCCCGGAGUGUGGGGCGAAGGACCCCCCGAGGUGUAGGGAGGGGGUCCCGGCCGCCGCGACACAUGCGGGAGCCGGGAGCGGGGGCGGCGCCGAUCCGAGCCCGCCGGGUCCCCAGCCUUGCCGCCGUCCAGACCGGCCGCCCGGGGCCGUAGCAUCCCAUAGCGGAGUGUAUGAACCGGGGCCCCCAGCCCAGGAGCCACCUCCGGGCCGGGGGGGCGGGGACCCCGAUGUGAAACGGCCGCGGCGGCGUGGUGAGCGGCCCGGGCGCCGCUGUCCUCUCCUUCCCCUCCCCUCCCCUUCACCCCCUCUGGGGGGCUUCUCCUUGGGCCCGCCGCCGCACCCCGGCUCCUCGGCGGGACUCCAGGAGUUCUCGGCGCCCCCUCCCCGCCCCAGCCCCCCAGGGCUGCGGGGCCGGGGGGGACUCGGGGGGCCGGCUGUAGCCUCCGCCCAGAGGAAACUUUACCCAAACAAAAUCUUCGAGCUUUCUGAUUGUGACUGUCCCGGGACAAGUGGCCCAGGACGGGCUGAAGCCACAGCCUGCAGAGACCCAGGAAGAGAAAAAGCGGUGAGCGGGGCUGCUGCCGCUGCCGCCGCCGCCGCCUCAGCUUCUAUCCCGGCAGCGCGGAAGAGACCCGGGUAGCUGCUCGGUGGAGCGACGCUAGCACCGCUUCUUAGUUCCGCGCCUAGCCUUCCGCAGCUGCCCGCCUCAGCCCGAAGGAGGAAGGGAGCCAGCCACAUUGUCAGCGCCACCGCUCGUCUCUGAAGCGGGACCAGAGUGGAGUUUCCAGGACCCAUAUCAGAGCGCUCACGACAGCCUGUAACUCCAUUCCCAGAAGACCCAACGCUCUUUUGGCUUCCAAGGAUAACCCCUGUCCACAAUGAAAUCUCUGCUAUCAACGAGACUUUUAAAAGGCUCUCUAAAUAUUUGGUACGAGAAUUUCUUCUCUUUAUAUCUUUUGUGAUCCCUCUACACAUUGUGUCUAGGCAAUCAGAAUGUGAAAAUCUUUGCAUCUUCUGAUAGUCUAGCCAAGGUCCAAGAAGUAGCAAGCUGGCUUUUGGAAAUGAAUCAGGAACUGCUCUCUGUGGGCAGCAAAAGACGACGAACUGGAGGCUCUCUGAGAGGGAAUGCUUCCUCAAGCCAGGUUGAUGAGGAGCAGAUGAAUCGCGUGGUUGAGGAGGACCCACAGCAGCAGCCGAGACAUCAGGAGGAGGAGCACACUGCGCGGAAUGGUGAACUUGUGGGUGCAGACCCUAGGCCUGGAGCCCAGAACGAUUCCCAGCAAGGACAAGUGGAAGAAAAUAAUAACCGCUUUGUUUCAGUAGAUGAGGACUCUUCGGGAAACCAGGAAGAGCAGGAGGAAGAUGAAGAACAUGCUGGGGAACAGGAGGAGGAAGAGGAGGAGGAGGAAGAGGAGGAGGAGAUGGACCAGGAGAGUGAUGAUUUUGACCAGUCUGAUGACAGUAGCAGGGAAGAUGAACAUACUCACAAUAGCAAUGUCACAAACUGCAGUAGUGUCGUGGACCUGCCCAUCAACCAGCUCUCCUCCCCAUUCUAUACCAAGACAACAAAAAUGAAAAGAAAGUUGGACCAUGGCUCUGAGGUCCGUUCCUUUUCUUUGGGAAAGAAACCAUGCAAAGUCUCAGAUUAUACCAGUACCACUGGGCUUGUACCAUGUUCAGCAACACCAACAACUUUUGGGGACCUGAGAGCAGCCAAUGGGCAAGGGCAGCAACGGCGGAGGAUUACAUCUGUGCAGCCGCCCACAGGCCUCCAAGAGUGGCUGAAAAUGUUUCAGAGCUGGAGUGGACCAGAGAAGUUGCUGGCCUUAGAUGAGCUCAUCGAUAGCUGUGAACCCACACAAGUGAAGCACAUGAUGCAAGUGAUCGAGCCCCAGUUCCAGCGAGACUUCAUCUCCUUGCUCCCCAAAGAGCUGGCACUCUAUGUACUUUCAUUCCUGGAACCCAAAGACCUGCUGCAAGCGGCUCAGACGUGUCGAUACUGGAGGAUUUUGGCUGAGGAUAACCUUCUCUGGAGAGAGAAAUGUAAAGAAGAGGGGAUUGAUGAACCGUUGCACAUCAAGAGAAGAAAAAUAAUAAAACCAGGUUUCAUACACAGCCCAUGGAAGAGUGCAUACAUCAGACAGCACAGAAUUGAUACAAACUGGAGACGAGGAGAACUCAGAUCUCCUAAGGUGCUGAAAGGGCAUGAUGAUCAUGUGAUUACGUGCCUACAGUUUUGUGGUAACCGCAUAGUUAGUGGUUCUGAUGACAACACUUUAAAAGUUUGGUCAGCGGUCACGGGUAAGUGUCUGAGGACGUUAGUGGGACACACCGGUGGAGUGUGGUCUUCACAGAUGAGAGACAAUAUCAUCAUUAGUGGAUCUACUGACCGGACUCUCAAAGUGUGGAAUGCAGAGACUGGAGAGUGUAUACAUACGUUAUAUGGGCACACUUCCACUGUACGGUGUAUGCAUCUCCAUGAAAAAAGGGUUGUGAGCGGUUCUCGAGAUGCCACUCUCAGGGUUUGGGAUAUUGAGACCGGCCAGUGUUUACACGUCUUGAUGGGCCAUGUGGCAGCAGUCCGCUGUGUUCAGUAUGAUGGCAGGAGGGUUGUUAGUGGAGCAUAUGAUUUUAUGGUGAAGGUGUGGGAUCCAGAGACCGAGACCUGUCUACACACGUUACAGGGACACACUAAUAGAGUCUAUUCGUUACAGUUUGACGGCAUCCAUGUGGUGAGUGGAUCUCUUGAUACUUCAAUCCGAGUCUGGGAUGUGGAGACAGGGAAUUGCAUUCACACGCUAACAGGACACCAGUCGUUAACAAGUGGAAUGGAACUCAAAGACAAUAUUCUGGUUUCUGGGAAUGCAGAUUCUACAGUUAAAAUCUGGGAUAUCAAAACAGGACAGUGUUUACAGACAUUGCAAGGUCCCAGCAAGCAUCAGAGCGCUGUGACCUGCUUACAGUUCAACAAGAACUUUGUAAUUACCAGCUCAGACGAUGGAACGGUAAAACUCUGGGACUUGAAAACGGGUGAAUUUAUCCGAAACCUAGUCACAUUGGAGAGUGGGGGGAGUGGGGGAGUCGUGUGGCGGAUCAGGGCCUCAAACACGAAGCUGGUGUGUGCAGUUGGGAGUCGCAAUGGGACUGAGGAGACCAAGCUGCUGGUGCUGGACUUUGAUGUGGACAUGAAAUGAAAAGCAGACAAGAUGAAUUUUGUCCGACUGUGUAGACAAUAUACUCCCUGUCCUUCCCCUACAUAACAAACAAACAAACAAACAAAAAAAUGAAAAAAAAAAAAAAAAAAAAAAAAAAAAAAAAAAAAAAAAAGGAAAAAAAAUCCCUUGUACUCAGUGGUGCAGGAUGUUGGCUUGGGACAACAGACUGAAAAGACCUACAGACUAAGGAGGUAAGAAGAGACAAGAGACCGUAACUGACCGGAGGCGGCAGCUGUCGCAUCACCCAAAGGCCUCACUUCUGACUGAGGGGCAGCUUGGCAAAAGGAGACUCUAAACCCAACCAGGUGCAAUUGUUCUUUAUUUUCUUCUCCAGUGGUCACUGGGCAGAGCUUCAUCAGCGUUGUUACCGUCACCAAGGAGGAGUGGUGGUGAUCUCCAAACACGGGCUGGUUAUCUUCCAAUCAGAGCAUCUGCAACAAAAAGUCAUCUUUCUGAAGUGGAAAAGCUUAAAUUACUGUGAAUUGUUUGUGUACAGUUACCAUGAAGCAUUCUUUUUCUUUUUCUUUUCUUUUUUUUUCCUUUUUCUUUUUUCUUUUCUUUUUUUUUUUUUUCUUUUUUUUUCUUUUUUUUUUUUUGCCAACCAUUGCCAAUGUCAAUCAAUCACAGUAUUAGCCUCUGUUAAUCUAUUUACUGUUGCUUCUAUAUACACUCUUCAAUGCAUAUGUUGCUCAAAGAUGGCAAGUUGUCCUGGGUUCUGUGAGUCCUGAGAUGGAUUUAAUUCUUGAUGCUGGUGCUAGAAGUAGGUCUUCAAAUACGGGAUCGUUGUCCCACCCCUGUACUGUACUCCCAGUGGCCAAACUUAUUUAUGCUGCUAAAUGAAAGAAAGAAAAAGCAAAUUAUUUUUUUUUUUUAUUUUUUUUCUGCUGUGACGUUUUAGUCCCAGACUGAAUUCCAAAUUUGCUCUAGUUUGGUUACAGAAAAAAAAAAAAAGACUUUUUUGCCACUGAAACUUGAGCCAUCUGUGCCUCUAAGAGGCUGAGAAUGGAAAAGUUUCAGAUAAUAAAGAGUGAAGUUUGCCUGCAAAUAAAGAAUCGAGAGUGUGUGCAAAGCUUAUUUUCUUUUAUCUGGGCAAAAAUUAAAACACAUUCCUUGGGACAGAGCCUGAGGUGCCUGUUCUGUGGAGAAACUUCUUUUUGAGGGCUGUGGUGAAUGGAUGAACAUACAUAGUAAAACUGACAAGAUAUUUUAAAGAUAUAUAUAAUACAAAACAAAAGGAAGUUGCUGGUCAGUCGUACCAUCGUACAGUAUUUGGGAAAACAACUGUUACAGUUUCAUUGCUCUGAGUGACUGACGUGAGAGGAAUUCGCUCUGCAGUGCCGCUGUCGCUCCCGUGCCAGCGCGUGGAGCGAGCGAGCGGGGUCAGAUGGUCCGCCUCAUUCACCAGGAGCCGUAACUCAAGCUGAACUGUGAAAGUGGUUAACACUGUAUCCUAGGCCGUCUUUUUUUUUCCUCCUCCUGUUUAUUUUUUUGUUUGUUUUAUUUAUAGUCUGAUUUAAAACAAUCAGAUUCCAGUUGGUUAAUUUUAGUUAUGUAACAACCUGACAAGAUGGAGGAAAACAACCUGUAAAGGGAUUGUGUCUAUGGUUUGAUUCACUUAGAAAUUUUAUUUUCUUAUAACUUAAGUGCAAUAAAAUGUGUUUUUUCAUGUUA